AUGACGCCAUCAGCUUCCAGUGCCUCUAUCCAGGUUCAUGGUCUCAACUACAAAUUCCCAGACGGCACUGAUGGAUUAACAGAUGUUACCCUCGACCUCCCCAAAGGCAGUCGAAGCCUCUUGAUUGGCGCCAACGGUGCCGGCAAAACUACCCUCCUCCGCCUCCUCUCCGGCAAACGGCUCGCCCCCCACGGCACCGUCCUAAUCGAUGACAUCGACCCCUUCACCACCGGUCUCGAAGGCGUAACCUACCUUGGCGUUGAAUGGGUUCUAAAUCCCAUAGUCCGCACGGACAUCGACGUGCCCACCCUCCUCGCCUCCGUGGGCGGUGACGCCUACCCAGCCCGCCGCGACCAGCUCGUCCGCAUCCUCGACAUAGACCUAGGCUGGCACAUGCACGCUGUCUCCGAUGGAGAGCGCCGCCGUGUCCAGCUUGCUAUGGGCCUGUUGAGGCCCUGGACACUUCUCCUUCUCGACGAAAUCACGGUGGAUCUAGAUCUGUUGAGCCGGAGUGAGUUUCUGGCGUUUCUGAAGCGGGAGACGGAGGAGCGGAAGUGUACUAUCAUGUAUGCUACUCAUAUCUUGGAUAAUUUGGCGAAGUGGCCGACGCAUCUGGUGCAUAUGCAUAUGGGGCGGGUGAGGGAUUGUGGGCCCAUUGAGAAGUUUGAGAUGGGGAAGAAGGUGUCGGAUUCAGAGAAUAGUCGAUUGAGUGAGGUGGUGCUGGAGUGGUUGAAAAAGGAUUUGAAGGAGAGAGGCCCUCGCCCGGGCUUACCGGGAGAGGGGAAGCAGGUUCCAGAGAUUGUUGAGAAGGGGAUAUAA